CCGAGCUGCGGGCCCUGGAGCAGGCCAGGUGGGCCGAGCGUGGAGGGCGGCGGGGGAAGCGCGGGCAGCGGCGGGGACAGAGGUUCCCGCGGGGGCCGCCGCCCCCCCGCCCCCGUGUCUGCGGCCGGGACACUAAGGGAGAUGGAUGGGGUGGGGGGGACGCAGCGCGCGUGGCCCCGGGCGGCUCCGAGCUCCGCCCCGCCCCACCCCACGCCUCCCCUCGCCGCGGAGGGAUGGGGCGGGGGUCCGGCCGCAGAUAAAGGGGCUGCGAGGCCGGCGGGGCACCGGGUGGGCCUCGGUGGCAGCAGGAGCAUGGCAGACCCACGUCCCGCUGCGGGAGCGGCCCAGGACUCGCACCCGGGCCGCGCGGAGGUGGCCUCGGCCUACCAGCGCUUCGAGCCCGGCGCCUACCUCCGCAACAACUACGCGCCCCCGCGGGGGGACCUGAGCAGCCCGGCCGGCGUCGGGCCCUGGAAGCUGCGCUGCUUGGCGCAGACCUUCGCCACAGGGGAGGUGUCUGGACACACCCUCAUCGACAUCGGUUCAGGCCCCACCAUAUACCAGCUGCUCAGCGCCUGCGCCCACUUCCAGGACAUCACCAUGACAGACUUCCUGCAAGUGAACCGCCAGGAGCUGGGGCUCUGGCUGCGGGAGGAGCCGGGGGCCUUCGAUUGGAGCGUGUACAGCCAGCACGUCUGCCUCAUUGAGGGCAAGGGUGAGUCGUGGCAGGAGAAGGAGCGCCAGCUGCGAGCCAGGGUGAAGCGGGUCCUCCCCAUCGAUGUGCACCAGCCCCAGCCCCUGGGCGCGGGGAGCCCGGCGCCCCUGCCUGCCGAUGCCCUGGUCUCUACCUUCUGCCUGGAGGCGGUGAGCCCUGACCUUGCCAGCUUCCAGCGGGCCCUGGACCACAUCACCACACUGCUGAGGCCUGGGGGGCACCUCCUCCUCAUCGGGGCCCUGGAGGAGUCCUGGUACCUGGCGGGGGAGGCCCGGCUAGCGGUGGUGCCCCUGUGUGAGGAGGAGGUGAGGGAGGCCCUGGUGCGUAGCGGCUACCAGGUGCGAGACCUCCGCACCUACACCAUGCCUGCCCAUCUCCGAACAGGCGUAGACGAUGUCAAGGGCAUCUUCUUUGCCUGGGCCCAGAAGAAGGUGGGGGUGUGAGGCCCCCCUGCACCCAGUGCCGGCAGCCCUCAGCCAUCAGAUUCCCUAUUACCUGAGGCGGCACCUAAUAAAGAAAUGU